AUGUUGAACAUGUACGGGACUAUCUACAAUCCUCCUACCCAUCUUUUCACCUCCUCAAUUAAGGACCAUUCACAGAGCUUCAAUCCUGCUCCUGGUUCCAUCGGUCCCAGUAUAACGGCCCUAGCUUCAAAUAAUCCGGCCCCGUCGAAUCAAAGCGUCUUGACUGGCUCGCUCGUGAACCCCUCAAAUGUCGUUACACUGUUAAACAAUGGAGCACCGGCACCUAACCACGUUGGCGCUAACAACGCUGGUCAUCUUUCUAACGCUAUUCUACCCUACGGUGUAGUUAAUGCACCGAAUGGCGUUGGUCUUCAUAGCUGUGGCAAUGGAAAUGGAGGCAACCAAGUUGGUAGUGGCUGUUCUCCCCCGAUUGUUGGCAGCGGAGGUGACGAACCUCCGCUUAAUAUUGGAAUCAGCGGUGGUGGCGGUGCAGGGUCAGCCAGCAGUGCCGGGGCCGCAAGCAACAGUAGUGGGUCCGGUGGCGGUGGCGGGGGUGGUGGAUCCAGGGGAGGUAGCGGUCCAGGUAGCGGGAGUGGACCAUUCGCUCCAUCCCAACAGUCCUUGGUCCAGUUUGAACCACCUCCGCGUCCUGGUCGAGGAACGGAAGGCCGAUCGAUCAGCUUGAGGGCAAACCACUUUGAAAUUCGCAUGCCAAAAGGAUUUUUGCACCAUUACGAUGUAUCAAUUACCCCAGAGAAAUGUCCGAGACGCGUCAACAGAGAGAUAAUAGAGACGAUGGUGAACUCAAUGCACUAUCAGAAAUAUUUUUACAACCAAAAACCCGUGUUCGAUGGCCGGCGCAAUAUGUACACUAGAGAACCUCUUCCUAUCAGCAAAGAAAAAGUUGAACUCGAGGUCACUCUACCCGGCGAAGGCAAAGAUCGUGUCUUUCGUGUAGCAAUAAAGCACGUAUCGGAGGUCUCCCUAUUCGCCUUGGAAGAAGCCUUAGGCGGACACAUUCGACACAUUCCAAAUGAUGCAGUUAUAUCCCUGGAUGUAAUAAUGCGACAUCUGCCAAGUAUGAGCUACACCCCGGUCGGACGCUCUUUCUUUCAAAACCCGGAUGGUUACGAAAACCCCCUUGGUGGUGGACGAGAAGUCUGGUUUGGUUUUCAUCAGAGUGUCCGGCCUUCACAGUGGCGCAUGAUGCUUAAUAUUGAUGUCUCCGCCACUGCUUUCUACAAGGCACAAUCGGUCAUCGAUUUCAUGUGCGAGGUACUGGACAUAUCAGAUAAGAACGAACAGCGUCGCGCAUUGACCGACAGUCAACGUGUCAAAUUUACUAAAGAGAUUAAAGGUCUAAAGGUCGAAAUCACCCACUGCGGCACAAUGCGUCGAAAGUAUCGCGUCUGCAACGUCACAAGGCGUCCUGCACACACCCAGUCUUUCCCACUCCAACUGGAAACAGGUGCCACCAUGGAGUGUACCGUUGCCAAGUACUUCCAAGAACGAUACAACAUUCGUCUCGAAUAUCCCCAUCUUCCUUGUCUCCAAGUCGGACAAGAGCAGAAACAUACCUACCUACCUCUUGAAGUCUGCAACAUGGUCGCCGGUCAACGUUGUAUUAAAAAACUAACGGAUAUGCAGACUUCGACUAUGAUUAAGGCUACAGCUCGAUCGGCCCCAGAUCGUGAGAAGGAGAUCAAUAAUCUGGUCAAGCGCGCCAACUUCAACGCCGAUCCUCACCUGCAAAUGUUCGGCAUCAACGUGAACACGCGGAUGGCCGAGAUACAAGGUCGCGUUAUUGCGGCGCCCAAAAUCCAGUACGGCGGUCGUACGAAAGCCCAGGCCUCACCGCAGCUCGGUGUGUGGGAUAUGCGGGGAAAGCAAUUCUUUUGGGGAAUUGAAAUUAAGGUGUGGGCAAUCGCAUGUUUUGCUCCCCAGCGGAUUGUCCGGGAAGAUUCACUCAGAUUAUUUACGAUGCAACUACAAAAAAUUUCUAAUGACGCUGGAAUGCCUAUUCUCGGACAACCAUGCUUUUGCAAAUACGCCACGGGGCAGGACCAAGUGGAACCCAUGUUCCGAUAUUUGAAGAAUACGCAUGCUGGGCUGCAACUCAUCGUGGUGGUUUUACCUGGGAAAACCCCCGUAUAUGCCGAAGUGAAGCGCGUGGGCGAUAUAAUGUUCGGUUUGGCUACCCAAUGUGUACAGUCCAAGAAUGUAAACAAAACCUCACCUCAGACUUUGUCCAACUUGUGUCUCAAAAUCAACGUCAAAUUGGGUGGCAUCAAUUCCAUCAUCGUACCAAGCGUUCGACCCGCCGUCUUUCGCGAGCCUGUCAUCUUUCUGGGUGCUGAUGUGACGCAUCCACCCGCCGGGGACAAAACCAAGCCUAGCAUUGCCGCGGUGGUUGCAAGCAUGGACGCACACCCAAGUCGGUAUUCGGCUACUGUCCGUGUGCAGUCACACCGACAGGAGGUUAUCCAGGACUUGUACCCCAUGGUGAAAAAUUUGCUACUUCAGUUCUAUCGUGCUACACGGUUCAAACCCGUGCGAAUUAUUUACUAUCGGGAUGGAGUGAGCGAAGGCCAGUUUCUACAUGUUCUUAAUCAUGAAUUGCGUGCCAUUCGUAUGGCGUGCGUUAAAUUGGAGUUAACAUAUCAACCGGGGAUCACGUUUAUCGUGGUGCAAAAACGCCAUCACACUCGACUCUUUUGUGCUGAUAAAAAGGAUCAGAUGGGAAAAUCGGGGAAUAUACCGGCGGGUACCACCGUGGACCAAAUAAUUACCCAUCCCACUGAGUUCGACUUCUACUUGUGCAGUCACGCUGGCAUCCAGGGUACUUCGCGUCCCAGUCACUACCAUGUUUUGUGGGACGACAACCGCUUCACUGCCGACGAUAUUCAGAAUUUGACUUAUCAAUUGUGUCACACCUAUGUGCGUUGCACACGUUCCGUGUCAAUUCCUGCUCCAGCGUACUACGCACACUUGGUGGCCUUUCGUGCUCGGUAUCAUUUAGUGGAAAAGGAGAUUGACAGUGGUGAGGGUAGCCAGAAGUCUGGAAAUUCGGACGAACGGACUCCAACUGCGAUGAUGAGGGCAGUCACUGUACAUCCUGAAACUUUGCGGAAACUGAACAAACGAUAUCGGAUCGUCUGUGACUCAGGGCAGCGUCCGUGUUCGCGAUACUUCAAUCCUUAUUUACUUGCUUCUUUCCACACGUAUUUGGAAAAACGAUGUCUUCCUUACCUACUCAGUUGUCUCUUCCGCAUGCCUUGCAACAGUGGGGAACCAUCAUCAGCCACGUGUCCUCCAUGUGAAUCUUCCUACUUCAUCGAACAUCUCCAGAGGUCGCGUACUAAUGUAACCGUGAAUAAUAUGCGGACGAUUUCCCCUUCAUCACGCCUGGUGCAUGCUGGAGGGUUAGCCGAUUAUGUAGUGGACAUCGUUUUCAGUAUCUUCCUGUAUGUGCGUGUCUCUCUAUACAUAUACAUAUUUAUAUUCAGCCAAAUGAAAGACACGUUUAUUCACCUUGUCUUCUGUUUUAACCGCAACUAUUCCAUUCGAAUCGACUACUCAUGGGAAACUUGA